AAGAACUCAUAACCAACCAAAAAUGAGUGAGACAGGAGAAAAAUCGAGAGACAUAUCUAGAUGGAGCCUUAGAGGCAUGACUGCUCUUGUCACCGGUGGCUCCAAAGGCCUCGGGGAGGCUGUGGUGGAAGAACUAGCCAUGUUGGGAGCAAGAGUCCACACAUGUGCCAGAGACGAAACUCAGCUUCAAGAAUGCUUACUUGAAUGGCAAGCAAAAGGGUUUCAGGUUACCACUUCUGUUUGCGAUGUUUCUUCUCGUGUCCAACGAGAGAAACUCAUGGAAACCGUUUCCACUCUCUUCCAAGGAAAACUCAACAUCCUUGUAAACAAUGCGGGAACUUGUAUAACAAAGCCGACCACAGAGUUUAGUGCAGAAGACUUCUCGUUUCUGAUGGCAACAAAUCUCGAAUCUGCUUUUCAUCUCUCACAGCUCGCCCAUCCUUUUUUGAAAGCUUCUGGUUCAGGGAGCAUCGUGUUUAUGUCCUCCGCUGCUGGGGUUGUGCAUGUCAAUGUUGGAUCCAUCUACGGAGCUACUAAAGGUAUAUACUUACACUCAAACAAUUAUUGCUCUAAGGCUAACAUAAAUUUGAGAAUAUAUAUAUGUUCACGCGUUGCAGGAGCUAUGAAUCAGCUAGCAAGAAACUUAGCAUGUGAGUGGGCAAGUGACAGCAUAAGGGUUAACUCUGUGUGUCCAUGGUUCAUAGCGACUCCUUUAGCAAACAAAUUUAUGGAUCAUGAAGAGUUAAAAAAAGAAGUGGAGACGAAGACACCAAUGGGACGUGUUGGGGAGGCAAAUGAAGUCUCAUCGCUUGUUGCGUUUCUGUGUUUCCCGGCAGCUUCGUAUAUAACGGGUCAGGUUAUCUGCGUUGACGGAGGUGCCACUAUCAACGGUUUAUCUUUCAAGUCUUUGCCUUAAGAGGUCAAUAUGAUUGUGAUUUUUUCGUUUGCUUUUAUGUUUUUUUUUUUUUUUGAACAACUCGUUUGCUUGUAGGUGGUAUCUUUGCGUUUACUUCGUAUUUCAUUCCGAAUAAAAGGGUUGACGAAAGGAAAGCCAUAUGUUUUCGUUGGACGUAGUUAUAGGUUUUGGCUUAUAGCAAAAACCAUUGUAAGAAAAAUGAUAAUGUUUUAUUUUUCAUUCAAAAAAAAAAUGUUUAAUU